AGUAUAAAUAAGAAAUAGGUCACUAUAGGUAUAAGUGAGAGUAGGUCUUGAGACGAAACCAGACAAACCACCUUUCGGAUAAAAUUAUUUCUCAUGCUCUUCGUAGUCGGCAUUUAAGCCAUAAACCAGAUGAGUUUUUGAUUGUUGCACAAAAAUUAGUUACCUUGCUUACGUUUUAACUGCUGGUUGUGUUUGUCCCCGAGUUGAAAUAAAUAUGCUACAACCUCGCAAAAUAAGAAGAACCGGAAAAAAUAAGUUCAAAUGCAAUCAUAACACAUACUACAGCAGCUAUCUAAUGGAUUGGAAAAUUUUCUUCGAUAAAAAAUGGCUAGCUUUGAUCUUCGCAAUAAUGUUUAUGGGAUACAUUGAUGCUUCUCAGGAAAUUGAUCAGCCUUAUCCAAUCAACCCAACACCCAUAAUAUCAAAUCUUGCUGCUGACGAUAUAACAACUGUAAUUUUGCUUAAUAAUGCGUCAGGUCGCGUGGGCGAUACCCAUGGAAGAUUUUUAAAGCUACGGCCUGAAGUUGGACUUUUAACAUCAACAGCACGAACAUUUAUUCAAAAUGGAAUAACAACCGAGUUUGCUACCAAGAUUGUAGGAACCACUCUUAAUAACGGAAGACUGUACGCACAAUAUCUUAAAAAACGAUCUAGAGUUCUUUACAGAAACGAUAAUACUUCUCCUGCUGUUAAAACAAGCUGGGUAGGGGAAAAUCCUUUCCAAAAGAACUCCAAACUAUUACAAAAUCACAACGACUUAUUUAAUUUGGAUGUCCAUGAAUGGCAGUAUGUUGACGAUAGUCUUGACAUUAAAAAGAAUGACUUUGUAGGAAAUACAGACUUCGUUAACGUAAAGGGGACGAAACAAACCGAAUCUAUAACACCAAGAGGGGAAGAUUCAAAUUGGUCAAUUUUGCUGCCGCAAAAAUUAAGAAAUAGCCUGACACUAUCUAUUCAUGAAAAUAAGGAAGAGUUAAAUACACUUAAAAGUAAUCAGUCUUUACCCGUUGAAGACUUGGAAACAUUUACGGUUAAAAAUCGUAAUACAGUUUUUCGUGGAGCUACUAUUCCAAUCAACAAUUUAAAUGAUGAUACCGUUCAUGAACGGUUUGGAAAAAAUGUGAACAGAAAUAUUUCUGAACAUGAAGCUGAAACUACUUCGAAAAUAGACUCUUCUACUGUAACAUAUUAUGGAUUUGCAGAGUUUACUACUAUUGUUGGUGACAGUGUUAUUGUAUUUUUACCAAGUACAUUACAAUAUAAUAAACACUUUGGACAAGUAACUUCGAUAAAAGGAGUGCCUACAUUAGGAUCCGAAUCAUUCCUAACUCAAACUAUUCAUUCCCUACCCGAAAACAAAAAUUCUGUGAAGAAAACCAUGGUUUUAGAAAACAUGUACGAUAAGAAUAUAGCUUCGAAUGAAAAUCUUGAAGAUGUUUCAAAUCGUGUCUCAAAAAGCUCAAAUAAAAUUAUUGAUGAAUCAAUUCUUUUAAAGAAUCCAAUAAAUACAAAAAAUUAUACUCAGAUUACACUAAGCUCAAAUUAUAUACCCUCGGUUCGAAUUGAACUAAAUACAUCAAUAAAUGAACAGUACAAUUUUACCAUAAACGAAACGAAGGAUUACUUUCAAAUGGAUAAAAUGAGCUUUUAUCAUCAAAAUCAGUCAAGUGAAGAAGUGCUUGGAGGUGCCACCACUAUUUUCUUAGAUGAUGAUCCUUUUACCAAUUAUAUUGCAAAAACUAAAUUGAUUCAUUAUACAAAUAAUGUUCAGCCAGAGAAAAACUCGGUUCAAAGAGAAAAUAAUAUUAAUAAAAAUAUUGAAGAAAAUUAUAUUAAUGCCAAGAUAAACAAAACUUUAGUAACAAUAGACACAACAUCAAACAACGUAAAAGAAAAUUAUACAUGCGAUCACACAACAUCGCAGGUAUUUUUUACACAAAUGCCAAAGGUUCUCUUUGAUACGUCAUCUCUAGCUGUGGAUGAUGUUAUAAAAGAUAAUCCGAUUGCCAAUUAUGAUAUUAUAAAGACUACUAAAUAUUACUGUAUACAGGCUUCCCAGGUUCAGCAAACUACGGAUCUGAUUGAUAUGAAUAAUAAAACUAUUCUUCUAAUUGAGCCUCAACGUAAAUUAACAGCAAAAGAGGUAAAAGAAACCAUUUCUCCACAAUAUGAAUACUACGACCUCACCAACGAAAAUGAGUAUGAGGGAGAGGAUGAGGAUGAUGAAUAUGUCAAUGUUACUGAUGACUUUGAUUUUAUUUACAAAACUUUUUUUACCACUUAUACCUAUUUGACAACAUUUUUUGAAGGCUCCAAAACCACUGUUUCUAGCCAUACAGAGAUUAUAACUAGCCUACUUUCUUCGAAAUAUAGAACUGAAGAAGAAUCUAUUUCACAAGUUUUAAGCACAGUUAAAGCAAAUCAAAUUAUUGAAAACAAAAACAACCAAUCAAAUCCUAAUAUUAUACAUACAGUUUCUAAAUAUACCAUACCAACAGAGCUUGCAAAUAAACUUCUACCCCAUAACACAAAAAAUAUUUCUGAAAUUGAAAGCUUCACACAAGCAACGGCAAGUUUUGAUGAUUUGAAAUACACAAAAACUUUUUAUACAACCUAUACUUACUAUACGUCAAUUUUUUCUGAUAACAAUACCGAGAUCAUGUCGCGGACAAAUGUGAUAACUAGUUAUCUAACUUCGAAAUUUUUAAGCAAUCACACUUUAAUUUUUACACAACCAAACUAUAGUAAAAAUUUAUCCGUAGCAGAAAAACUUGAGCUUAAAGCAUCUGUAAAUAAAAUUGACAAUCAUAAGUCUGUGACUUCUGUGUACAAAGUGAAAAACGAUUUCUUGGAUCAUGAUGAUCAAGUUAGUUCGGAAAGCAAUACUGAGGAGAUAAUUCCAUCUGCAACGUUGCUUCUACAAACCAGUUUUACCACAUUUACAUUCUAUACAACAAUGUACGUCGGCAAUGACACAAAUAUUAUCAGUCGCCUUGAGACAUUGACAAAUAUAGCGACUGGCAUAUUGCAACCAUCAAAAACAUUAAAAGAAGAAAGUAUCUUCCCUAUUACAUAUUUUACAACGUUUACAUAUUGGACAAAAUUAGCUAAAGAUGGUGAAAUUACAACAGUAAGCAGAGAGGAAACUUUAUCUAAUAUAGUAUCACCUACAUAUAUCUUACAAGAAACCGUAAACACAUCUUCAUCUAAAAUAUACAGUGUUAAUCAAACCCGGGACUAUGAUAUCACCACAAACACCACUGAUAUCCUAAAAAGCCUACACCUUUCCUCUGAUGUUAUAACUUACUACACAACAUAUACGUAUUAUACCACUUCAUAUAAAGGAAAUGAAACUAUUACCGAUUCCCGUUUUGAGACUGUAACUAAUGUUGUUACAAGCAAUAAAAUGUCUUUUUCAACACCAGUAGCUAAUUCCGCAGUCCCACAAUAUAUUCAUCCCACAACCGAAAAUGCGUAUAUAUUAAGUACUUCUGAUAACCAAUUAGUUUUGUUUGAUUUUAAGAAAAUAAUUGAUGCUGAUGAAGUUAGUACUUUGUAUUUUACAACAGAAAUUCUGUCAAAAGUAAAUGACGAGGGAUAUAGUGUUGAGAUAACUAGCAGUACCUCCAGACUAAAAAUUGACGAAUCGAAAAAAAAAAUUUUAGCAACAACUUUAUUACAAACUGAGUUUGAUAAAAGCUCAUCAAUAUCAAAGUUGCAUAGGACGGGCUUGGUUAGACUCAUCGAAGGCAAACGAAUCCAAAAUAAUACCACUACUUUGUACCAAUCAAAAGUUAUCGGCACGGUUAUUGACAAUCGAUAUGCGCAAGUCAUUGAAAGUACAUCUAGUUUUUUGUAUGAAAACACUUUUUCAGAAAAUUUCAUUAUACCAACUAAGGCAACAAUUGCAAUAAAUUAUUCUUUUUCAACUAAUGUAAUAAAACCAUUAUCUCAAAAGUCUGAAUAUUAUUCUGAAACUAUUAAUAAUGCGGACAUGAAAACUAAACCAGAAAUUAUAAUAGAAAAUGUGGGUUCUCAAAACGAUGAAUCCACGGAUCCGCUUAAUACAUCAAAACGGACUUUUGCUCCAGUAAUACGACCCUUUGCUUCACGAAAUAGACCAACAUUUGCCCCAAAACAAAAAAGUCAAAAUUCUCUUAGCGCGACUAUUAUUACUAGAUCCGACAUAACUCCGACUAUAACGGCAACACCUGCUUUAAAAAUAAAUGGUAAAUACAGCUCUUCCCGCCGUGGUGUCUUUUCAAAUGGAGUAAAAGGCCUUAACGAAUCUAGUUUUUAUCAGACGCAUACGUCCAGACGACUUUUUAGCCGCCCAUCCAAACUAACAACUGAACUGCAUGGAAUCUUCGAAUCCAACACUGUAUAUUUCGCUUCAAGAAACAGACUCUCUCCAUCGGUACAAGUAGCUCAAAAUCUGAGUUCUAAGCGACAAAAUAAUAAUAUUUUACUUCGUCAAAAAACAAAAGCUGUAUUUCGCGGCUCAUCAAUAACAUCAAAUAUUCGUAUUAAGCCAAACACCUUAUCCCUUAGUUAUGGGGGCUCUCAAACACAAACCAUCGCCCAUGACCACCUUUCCUCAGAUAGUAGCAUCGAAGAAGAGAACUCAACAGAAGUAAGUGAAGAAGUAGAAUCUUCGCAACACAAUCAAAAUCAAUUAUUACGCCUUCGUCGACCAGUAAAUAGACCAAGUGGAUUUAUUUCACCAAAAAAAAAUUUAGGAAAUUCGCCAGUAGCUUCUUUUAGACGGAAUCCAUUGCUAUCCCGUUCCAAAUUGUUAACUACAACCAGUACAACAACUACAACAGUUAAACCUUCACCUCGAAGCUUUCCCCGUCCUAUUGGUCUUCAAGCCAGGUCGAGGUCACAAAGUAAUCUAUUCCCUCCUCGUGGUCUAUUCCAACCCCAGCAGAAAGAUGAACCCACAGAUAUAACGAAUACAAACAGUUCCGAAAAUAGCUCCGAAAAUGAAUAUGAAAACGAUGAAGCAGAAAAUAGUAAUGGUAAAAAGCAUCGAAACAAGCGGUCAAGCCGAAUAUUUUGUUGCCAUAAAAUUCAUACAAGAAGACGUCGUCAAUCGGAAGCAAAAGUUAUGAAUCGAUUUAGGUUUCGUCGUCAAAACUCAACGAUAUCUACCCCAAGUAAAGAGAUUAUGCAAGUCAACUUUGAAGAGCUAGAAGAAACAACCCAUUCUUCAGCUAAAUCAAAUUCGCGUUUUGGGUCGAGAUUUUAUUCUUCACGGAGUAAUCAGAUGCCAACACAAGGUAAUAUUUUUAACUCUACAAUUGCAACAACGAAUAAAACAAUUAGACCAACUCGACCAUCUUCAAAGCGCCGUCAGUUUACCCUACGAGAAAAUGAAAAUACUUUCAAAAGCAAUACACGUUCAGGAUCCCAAAGCAAUUUCCGUCGACAAUUAGGUAAUACUUCGACAAGACGCGCAAUUGGUUCCAACCCAAGUAGUAGUUCUACCAGCCAAAGAAUAAAGAGCCAUAAUAAUUAUAAUAACAAAAAUAAUGGAGAACACGGACGAUUAUCGCAUAUAUCACGUUCCAGAAAUAUUAACACAAAUACGUCUAAAAGAGGAAGGGGUUCUGUGCGCAGCCGAAAUAGAAGCGAGUAUGCCUCCGACUUAAAAAUUGUUGAGCAGGAAGAGAAAAUAAUCACAGUUACACAUUUUAUACCAUCUGAAGUCACUGUACCUUUUGUAAAUGGCCAUAAAACAGAUUAUAAAAAUAUUAUAACCGCUAAAAGCAGUACGGAGCUGGUGGGGUCGAAUCAAUAUACCAAUAUUGUCGGUAAAAAUGGAUUGACUUCUACAUAUCUUAAAAGGGAGGAGUCUAAGAUAAAUGAAGCUGGGUUGACUGAAUAUACCAAAUAUCUUUUGCAUGAAUCUAUCACAAGUACUGUAACGUUUACACCCACUACAAUACGUGGUCGAAAGACAUCAUUUUCACACAUUUUACCAUCAACAGCUUACUCUGUAGAAUAUCUUGUAUCUACAAUACAGCCCCAAAUUUCUGCUAAUGCACCACUUGCAAAUAUAUUACUUUCGCAGUUACUUUUAGGAAAUUUAAAUUUACCUGCUCAUCCUAUAAAUGGUCAGCAACAAAAUUAUAUAUCACCAGUACCAGUUACAUCAUCUGUCGAACCUAUAACUGAAUAUCGAACCCAUACAUCCACAUAUGUAACUACAAUUUUCGAUGGAAAGUCCACAAUAUUACCAAUAACAUUUCAGGGUAAAAAAAUUUUUACUACUGUAUACGACACAAUUGCUCAAACUAUAACUGCUACCGAAUACAGUGUAGACACAAUCAUUAAUACUCCAUCAAUGGUACAGAACAUUCAAAAUAAUGGACCGGCAGCAAUAAACAGCUUGUUGUUACAACAGUUGCUGCUACAACAACAACAGGAGCCUAUAUCGUUACCACAUAUAAUUUCAAAACCGGAAUCACCCGAAUUAUUAAUAAGUGAGAACCUUCAAGACUUGGAAGUAACUCGUUCAAAUGUAAAGUCAGAUGCCAUCGAUGAUAUCGACUAUAGUUUAGAAAUGCCAUCAAACAGAAAUACAAUGCCAACAUCUAAAAAUUCACGCAAAAAAAUAAAAAAAGGUAGCCAUGGUCAUAAGCGAAGUAGGCAUAAUGAAUUAGUAAUGAAUUCACAGGAUGCAAGCGUUGUAACACUAUACGUAUCAGGGCGAAGACCUGGUGAAUUUAGUACUGUUUUAUCAACUGUACAAGGCAUUUAUGAGCAUUCUGCUACCUUACAAAAGAGACAGGCAGAUUUAUACUUUCAAACGACUAGUGCUGCAAAAAAUUUUAAAAAUAAUCAAGAAGUUACGAAAUUUAGUUAUUUAAUGAAUACCUUACCAAGUUCAUUUAAAGGUGGAACAACUUCGUUGGAGAGUAUUGUGGGUGAUGUAAGCGUUUGGUUAGAUAAAUCGAGUAAGAAAUUAAACUUACUUUCAAUGGAAAAAGAACUAGCGACAAUAAUCAAUACUGGUAGAUACAUAUUAAAUAUUUAAAAAUGUAUUUUUUAACAGCAUCUUACGAUUUAAGAAUUUUUGAUCAAGAUUCGACUUUUUCUGGAUAAUUUGGUCCCUUACAAUUGGAAGGUACAUGUGGAUGACGAUAUUUGAUCACUAGUCAAUAGCUUUCAAAGUUUUAAACAAUUUUUUUCAUUUUAGUUGUUUUAGGAACAUUAAUUCGAACAUCAUAUUUUAGUUUCAAUUCUAUAGGUUGAUAACUCAGUCAAGGAAAUUAAAAAAAUUAAAAAGUUGUUUCUAUAAAAAUUUGUACGGAAUACAUAUUUCUUCGAGUAUUUCAAUUACCCUCUUAUGAACCUAUAAACUGUAUUGUCCAUGGCUAAUUGUUAUUUGUGUGCAUCAUAAUUUUUAUAUUGGUUGUAAUAAUAAACUUAGGUUUUGUAAACGAAAUUUAAUGUACAUAAUCAUUAGAAUAAAUUUGAAAUAAUACUAACAUAUUUUAUCUAAUGUACAUAGAAACUAGGUUAAAUUAUAUGAUUUUAUUAAUAUGUUUUUCAUAUGGUAAUAAAGGACAUUUGCAAUCAUGCAGUGGUAAAAACUGUGUAAAA